GGCAACGCAUGUGUAAAUUGGUUUGAAGUUGGAGGUCACAGCGCUCCCUUUCUUCUCCACGCAGAACUGGAAAACAAGAAAAAGGAGAUCAUAUCUUUCUCGUUUUUAAUAAUAUUCGAUGGCCGGUGUGGAAGAUGGAGAGUUAAAUAUCCGAUUUGAAGAAGUGAUUUCAUGGCUGCCAUCUCAUGUUCUUGAUGAAGCACUUUACGACGAUCGUAGCACUAGAUCCAAAAAGGAGUUGCCUAAUUAUACGCACCAGCACUUCCGGCAUCGCCACAAACUGCCUGCUGAGCUUCCUCCGUUGUAUAAUCAGGUAGGUAAACCAAACACAAGGGGCCAUCAUAGCUCCAAGCAUCCCAUUAACUGGGCGUCUGGAGGACAUGGAAUGCAGGCUUUCUUUCUAGAGUCUGGUCGAAAAUCAUACACUGGCACUGGAGUUUUUCUUCCUCAAAGAGCUGGCUCCAAUAAGUUCCAUUCUAACAGAAAACCAGCUUGCUCUCCUGUUCUCCUUCCUUCUCGUGUUGUUCAGGCUCUCAACCUCAAUGUACAUGCGUUAGGCUUGCGAGACGCCAAAAACAAUUCCAAAGAUGUUGAAGAUUGCACUUCGAGGAUAAUUAGCAGAAACAAAAGCUGCAACAAGGAUGUAUCGACAAAAUGUUGUGCUGCUUCUCCAACUUCACCAGAGAUUUUUCUUCCAAAGGAAUGGACUUACUAAACUCUCCCUAACAGUG